AAUGAAGAAAGACAAUUAUCUUCUCUUCAUCUUUUGCCAAGCAUUUUUGGCCUGGGUAGAAUGCUUUAUUAGAUCAUAUCCUACAAAUAUCAACUGGGAUUAUACACCAGCAAUUUCAGCUAGCAGUGUAGGGCAUUUCAAUAUUUUUACUGAUACACAACGCGUGAUAGAAACUGAUGGAUAUAUAAUCGGUUGGAAUUAUGUUAGAAGAACUAGUGAUGCUUGUUACUUAGGUAUCUGGCGUAGAAUUGGUCACUCAGAUCAAUUCAAGUGCGUUAACUUGAUAGAAUUACCCGAAAGUCAGCCAUUAUUACUGUCAAAACUUCGAUAUAAAAAUCCAAUUAGAGUACAGAGAAAUGAUUACUUUGGAUUUCAAACUCUAAAUGCAUCUGAUGACAUCGAUUGUAUAAAAUUUGUUGAAAAUAAAAUUUUUAAAGAUAUUACUUAUUCGACUAUAAGAAGGACAGUGAAAUAUUUAACAUCCGUUUCGGCGGACGAUGAAUUAUCAUUCGAAAGUUCUGCGGACAAUUACGAUGGUCAGUUUCUUUUACAAGCUGUAAUCUUGGAAGUCAACUUGGUAGAAAUAGGUAGAAUAAGUUUUAAUCACUGA